AAUAGUAGAUGAGUAAAGUACAAAAUAAAAGUUGUUUAAAAAAGUGAAAACAUCCAAUAGUAGAAAAAAUGGAGAGUGAGUGUCGACACUAUUAGUGUCAUCACCAUAUUCACCAAUUGGAAAAGUAGUGAGUAAAGCUUCAACCUUCGUUGAAUAAACCUCUGUUUUCCUCAAACUAUGUCGACAUUCUCUUCUCACAAUCACUCUUCUCAUUUCAAAAUCCAACCUUUCUUCCACUCUACUAAUUGGGCUCCAUGAAAAUCAACCUCAAACCCCUUUUUCUUUUUCUUUUAUAAUCCCAAUUUCAUACCUUUGAUCAAAUCCUUCCUCUAAAUAUAUCGAAUCCCAAUAACCCCAAUUCCCAUUUUGAUAUGUUAUUCCUCGAGGAGCUUUGGCAGUUUCUUUCCCUCGGUGGAUUCGUCGACAAAACUCGUCUCUCCGCAGGUUUUUUUUUGCAGACCGUAUCGGAAUCAAUGGCGAAUUCGACUUGCCAAAGCGGCGAAUCAGAUAUCUGUAGAGACGAAUCAGCCGCUUUAGGACUCAAACUCAUAGCCAUAGCUUCGAUUCUCAUUGCCGGUGUGGGAGGAAUCGCCAUUCCCUUAAUCGGAAAACACCGCAGAUUGCUCAGAACCGACGGAAGCCUCUUCGUGGCGGCGAAAGCAUUCGCCGCCGGCGUGAUUCUCUCGACUGGGUUCGUUCACAUGUUAUCGGGCGGGUCGGAGGCUUUAUCGAAUCCUUGCUUGCCCAAAUUCCCUUGGUCGAAAUUCCCAUUCUGUGGAUUCUUCGCCAUGGUUGCUGCUUUGCUAACCCUUCUCGUCGAUUUCGUCGGAACUCAGUAUUACGAGCGGAAACAGGGGAAGAAAACCAGGCCAAACGGAGAAGAACAGAGUCGGGUCGGGUCGGGCGAGGAUGAGGCGGGUAUUGUUCGGGUCGGGUCGAAGGAGUGGAAUGGGAAAGUGUUUGGGGAAGAAGAAGGUGGUGGUAUGCAUAUUGUGGGUAUGCAUGCGCACGCGGCUCACCAUAGACAUAGUCAUGGUCAGGAGCAGGGGGCAUGUGAUGGGCACGUGACUGAGGUCGGGCACGGGCACGGGCAUGGACACGGGCAUGGGCAUGGGUUUGGUGAUGGGGAUGAGGAAGGUGGUGUUAGACACGUCGUCGUUUCACAGGUUUUGGAACUUGGGAUAGUAUCACAUUCAGUUAUAAUAGGUCUAUCACUUGGAGUUUCACAAAGUCCUUGUACAAUAAGACCCUUGAUCGCCGCGUUAUCGUUCCAUCAAUUCUUCGAGGGAUUCGCGCUCGGGGGCUGCAUCUCUCAAGCACAAUUUAAGACCCUUUCAACCACAAUCAUGGCUUGUUUCUUUGCCAUUACAACUCCAAUGGGGAUCGGGAUAGGUAUCGCCAUUGCCUCGUUCUACAACCCACACAGUACGGGAGCGUUGGUCACCGAAGGGAUAUUGGAUUCUUUGUCAGCCGGGAUUCUUGUGUACAUGGCUUUGGUGGACCUCAUUGCAGCUGAUUUCUUAAGCAAGAGAAUGAGCUGUAAUUUUAGGCUACAAGUAGUCUCAUAUUUUAUGCUUUUUCUUGGUGCUGGUUUAAUGUCUUUACUUGCAAUUUGGGCUUAAUUUUUAGUUUAGUUUGACUUUUUUUUUUAAUUAGUAUUUUUCAUUUUUCAAUUAUAUAUUGGGAAAUUCUUUGUACUUGGUUGCUUGACUCUUUCAAAAGUAUAGAGCUCACUCACACCACCACAAAAAUUACCAUGUUUGAUUUGUAAAUUAUUAUUGUUAUUUUUAGAGGGAAAAAAUUAUGUAAGAGUUUAUUACUAAUUACAUUAGUGUUGGAAUUGUUUUGCUUGGAACUUGUUAGAAAGAACUAUAAUUACCCAAUUUGCCAAAUUGAAUAGUUGUUGGUUUAUUUUA